CCAAAAUCAAUUGCGCGCCGAUCCCAGACCUUAGCUUCGUGCUAUCGACUGCGCAUCUACUACUCUAUGCAUGAAGCUUAGAUCCGAAUCGCCAACCUAACUUUUGCUUGCCUGUCUAGAUGAACGAACGGUCGCCAGGGCAUAAACCCACUGUCGAGCCAGUUCAUAAAUCGACGUGACUAUUGUGCCGAUCCCGAUCCUGAUCCCCCCAGGCUUUACCACUAGGCGAGACCCUUCCCGGCUUGCACCAUGUCGGCCCAUGUUACUUUUCAAGUGCAGCCAAUAUCCAAAUUCGCUGGGCCAAGUGAGCCUGUGCGACGGCCAAAGGAGUUCGCAUGUUUUUCGUACGAUGCCGACCACAAGUUUCGUCUGGACGACAGCUCAAUGAAAUGGUAUUACCCGCCCCGCCUGGGAGCCGAUCUGUCGGAAGGAUUCGAGAGCUUUGACAAGCUGGACGAAGGAGCAUCUGCCGAGCACAUAGACAGUCUUUUGCAGACCAUCAUAGCCCAUGAACAACGGAUUGGGAAGAAGAUCGAUGCACACGUGGUAACAUGGCGUGGUAUCGUGACCAAGCUGAUGGCCUCGCCUUACGAGGACCGUGAUGGAUUUGACCUCAACGCGACACUCUAUCAGGUAUAUCUUUCUCUUCACGUGUAGACCACUGAGCCAGUUAGACCUAAAGCUGUGUGAUACUAACUAUCCAUUCAAGGACUGUGUCUUCAUAGAAGAGGACUAUGCCUCCCGUAUGGAGUCAAAGAAGGCUCAAGAUUCAGAGCCUUGGAAAAGUCCGAUCCCUCGUGAAGUUAUGACCUUUUGGGGGUACAAGUUUGAGACAUUAUCAACAAUACCAAAACCAUGGGGAGAGACCUCUCGUGACUACAUAGAAGGUCGCGAGCUGGAGCCAACCAACAACAAGGAGCAAUACUGCUCAGUUGUGCGUACAGGAAUCGGCAAAACCAUUCUGUGCAUAGGAGGCGAAGUCGAUGCGAUCUGGGACUCGAAGCCAUCAACGCCUGGCCCAAUCAACUGGGUCGAACUUAAGACCUCGGCAGAGGUGAGAAACGACCGUGACGCCGCAAAUUUUGAGCGGAAGCUGCUCAAGUGGUGGAUUCAGAGCUUCCUCCUGGGCGUCCCCAAGAUCGUCGUCGGCUUCCGGACCCGAGAUGGGCACCUCACACGGGUGGACGAGAUGGAAACAAACGUCAUCCCGGCUAACGUGCAGCAGCGGGGGAGGUCCUGGAACGGCGAUACCUGCAUCAAUUUCUGCUCUGCGGUAUUGGACUGGAUUCGAUCAACCAUGGACGACGACGGUGUGUGGCGGAUCCGGAGAAGGGCACGGUCGUCCGUCAUUGAAAUGUUCAAGAUUGAAGAAACUGGGCACGGGAGGGUCCUGACCGAUGAUUUCAUCAACUGGAGGAUAAAACUCUCCCUUGGCGUUGAGCCCCAACCUGGUCAGUAGGUUUGAUGUAGGAUAUACCUACCUCUGUUAUACACAAUGCCUGACUUCCGGUGGUCUUGUGGCGUUAUCUUCACCAUCUUUGGAUUCGCGGUGAGUCUGAGUAAAGUUGAAACUGUUCAGUUUUCCAUACCCUCUGUAAUAGAGGCUGAGCUACCUAUCUCAAGUAUCUACGUGUACAAUGAUCAAAACAAGUCUCCAACGUGAGGGGCCAAUGGCAAAUGCUACCGCAACAAUACAAAGCAAAUCCUACACUCCUGCUAAUAAACGCCAAACAGUAUUGUAUAUCCGUGAGAAAAGAAAAAAAAAACGAAAAAAAGGGGGAAACAAAGAAACAAAAGGAUUUAAAUGGGUUGCGACUUGUCAUGACGCUACAGAAGACAUGAUUUUACGUGAGUUGUCGUAAAGUGUUAUUUGCCCCUCAUAGUCGUCAUGAACCAUCCGCCUCCGUUGUCAGGGGCGAGAAUCAUAACCAACAUAUCUAAACCCGUCAAUGCUGCGUUUUCUCUAUGUCGCUUGAGAUAAAAAAAAAGAAGAAAAAAGGCAGCGAUUCAAAAAAUGGCCGCAAUUAAUGGUGCACCACUGUAAAGGCUCAAAAUGAUAGAACCCGUGCCCUCAGCCCAAAG